AUGUUGAGGAGAAUCUCUACUCAGUUCAAGCGGUCCAAGGAUCCCAAGGACACCAAUGGCGACACUGAGCCCAAGGUCACCGACAAGAGCGCCGACAAGAGCAAACGGUUUUCCAAGGUCUCGCCGGUUCGAAAAUCCAGCUCUAACCAGGAGGAGAGCAGCAACCGCACUGUGAAGCGUGCAGAAGUCAUUGCGACUUUUGAGAAGUAUGCGCAAGCCAUUCACGCUUCACAAGAACCAUUGCCUAACCAGACCGGCGAUGGCACUUACUUGAAGCAUGACAAGUCCUCUGGUUUGGUCGCAGACAUCAAGUCCCUGGGUUUCCGCGAUGUCAACACUGUCAAGGAUUUGAUCGCAAACAAGGCUUCCGGCGAGCUUGUUGAUGAUAAAACCUACCUGAUGGAGCGUGUCAUCCAGAUGGUCGCUGAUUUGCCCGGUCACUCCAAGAACCGUACCGAGCUCACCAAUGUAUUCCUCGAUGAGCUUUGGAACUCAAUUCCUCACCCCCUCUCUCGUAAGGAACUCAAAGAUCUUGCCGAUGGCUCAAAUAACAACCCUACUCUUCCAUGGCUGGGAGCCGCUAAUACCGCAUACUGCCGCACCAUUCCUCCUCUGUCCAUCCAACCCAGCGGAUUGCCCGACGCCGGUCUUAUUUUUGAUACCCUUUACGCCCGUCAGGAAUUCACCCCGCACCCCAAUAAGGUCUCCAGUGUUUUCUUCGACUGGGCAUCUUUGAUUAUUCAUGAUAUUUUCCAGACGGAUUACCGCCAACAGCACUUGAACAAGACCUCUGCCUACCUUGAUCUCUCCAUUCUGUACGGUGAUGUCAAGGAGCAGCAGGAUCUCAUCCGUUCUCACGAGAACGGAAAGUUGAAGCCCGAUUGCUUCUCCGAGGGUCGCUUGCAGGCCCUUCCCGCUGCUUGCGGUGUUCUCCUGGUUAUGCUGAACCGUUUCCACAACCACGUUGUUACCCAGCUGGCUGAAAUCAACGAGAAUGGCCGUUUCAGCAAGCCCCGCCCCGGUCUGUCCGAGGAGGAUACCAAGGCUGCCUGGGCCAAGCGCGAUGAGGACCUGUUCCAAACCGGUCGUCUCAUCACCUGUGGUCUAUACAUUAACAUCACUCUGUAUGAUUAUCUGCGCACCAUUGUCAACCUGAACCGUACCAACUCCACUUGGUGCUUGGACCCCCGAGCUCAGAUGGAGAAGGCCGGUUCCACUCCCUCUGGUCUUGGUAACCAGUGCUCCGUCGAGUUCAACCUGGCCUACCGCUGGCACUCGACUAUCAGCCAGGGCGAUGAGAAGUGGAUUGAGCAGAUUUACUAUGACCUCAUGGGUAAGCCUGCCGAGCAGGUCACCAUGCCCGAGUUACUGAUGGGCAUGAAGAAGGUCGAGGGUAUGCUCGACGCCGACCCCUCCAAGCGCACCUUUGCCAACCUGAAGCGUGGUGAGGACGGUUUCUUCGAUGACGGAGAGCUUGUCAAUCUUUUAAGCAAUGCCACUGAGGAUGUGGCCAGCUCUUUCGGUCCUCGCAAUGUGCCCAAGGCUCUGCGCUCCAUCGAGAUCCUCGGUAUCGAAGCUUCUCGCCGCUGGAACGUUGGUUCCCUCAACGAGUUCCGCAAGCACUUCGGCCUCAAGGCUUAUGAGACUUUCGAGGAGGUCAACUCCAACCCCGAGAUUGCUGAUACCCUGCGUCACCUCUACGAUCACCCCGACUACAUUGAGCUCUACCCCGGUAUUGUCUCCGAGGAGGCGAAGGAGCCCAUGAUCCCCGGUGUUGGUAUUGCCCCAACCUACACCAUCUCGCGUGCUGUGUUGUCUGAUGCCGUUGCGCUUGUCCGUGGUGACCGUCACUACACCGUUGACUACAACCCCCGUAACCUGACCAACUGGGGUUACAACGAAGCCCGCUACGAUCUCAACAUUAACCAAGGCUGUGUCUUCUACAAGCUGGCCAACCGUGCCUUCCCCAACCACUACAAGCCUGAUUCCAUCUACGCCCACUACCCCAUGACUAUCCCCAGCGAGAACCGCAACAUCAUGAAGAACCUGGGUCGCGAGCAGGACUACUCCUAUGACAGGCCCACAUACUUUGAGCCCCGCGUCAACCUGACCUCCCACCAGAAUGCCAAGUUGGUCCUCGAGAACCAGCAGGACUUCCGUCCCACCUGGGGCAGCGCCAUGUCCGAGCUCUUCGGCAAGGGCGAAUUCGAUACCAAGCAGCGCGAGGCUAUCGGCAAGGCUCUCAACACCGAGGAGUUCCCUAAGCUUGUCAAGAGCUUCUACGAGGAUAUCACUGAGCGUCUGAUUGCCGAGAAGAGCGGUCGUCUGGGCAAAAUCAACCAGGUCGAUAUCACCCGUGAUGUCGGUAACUUGGCCCAUGUUCACUUCGCCUCCACCAUCUUCGGUCUCCCCCUGAAGACCGAGCAGAACCCCCAGGGUCUGUUCACCGAGCACGAGAUGUACAUGAUUCUGUCGACCAUCUUCUCCGCGCUCUUCUUCGACGUCGAUGCUCCCCGCUCGUACGCCCUGAACCGCGCUGCCUCUGCUGUUUCCACCCAGCUUGGCCAGGUAGUCGAGGCCUCCGUCAAGGCCGAUACCAACAGCGGCCUCUUCGCCGGUAUCAUGGACAACUUCCAUCCCCACGACAACGCUCUCCGCGAGUUCGGCACUGAGGCUAUCCGCCGCAUGAAGGAAGCCGGCUCCAGCGCCUCCGACAUCACUUGGUCAGCCAUUGUGCCCACCAUUGUCGGACUGGUCCCCAACCAGGGCCAGGUCUUCACCCAGAUCAUCGAGCACUACACCAAGCCUGAGAGCAAGGUCCACCUGGCCGAGAUCAACCGCCUGGCCCAGAGCGACUCCGCUGAAGCCGACGAGAAGCUGUACCGCUACUGUCUGGAGGCCAUCCGCCUGAACGGCACCUUCGGCGCCUUCCGCGAGGCCAAGGAGGUCGUCACCGUCGAGGACAACGGCAAGACCUACACCAUCCAGCCCGGCCAGCAGGUCUUCGCCUCCUUCGACCAGGCCAACCACGACCCCAGCGUUUUCCCCGAACCCAACGAGGUCCGUCUCGACCGCCCGAUUGACUCCUACAUCAACCAAGGCCAGGGCCCAACCACCGGCUUCGGCGAGCAAGUCACCAAGAUCGCCCUCGUUGCCAUGCUGCGCGUCGUCGCCCGUCUGCCGGGUCUCCGCCGUGCUGCUGGGGCCCAGGGUCAACUCAAGAAGAUCCCCCAGGAGGGCGGCUAUUACGUCUACCUCCGUGGCGAUGGAUCCUCCUACUGCCCCUUCCCCAUGUCCCUCAAGCUUCACUGGGACGCUGCUCCGGUCGAGAACAAGGCUCCCUCCUCCUAA